GUCCUGCCCAGUCCCGGUCUGGCCCCCAAAGGUCCGGCUGCCGCCCCCCAGGAGCCCCGCGGACUGUCCAGCUCCCCCGGGACCAUGGAGGAAGCAGGUCGGACCCGCUGAAUUGCCUCCCCAACGACAUGGUUCUGGAGCGUAGGCUGGCACCUGGAUGCUCCGGACGUUUGCUGCCCUGAGACCUGGAAAAAUCCGCAGCUCCUUGAGGUUUCACAUGAUGUCAUGGGCCCAGGCACCGCUCCCUGGAUCCAUCCCGUCCGGCAACGGGAGCGACCCCCUGCCGAGCCAGGGGAGCUGGGGAUCCGUUAGCCGCGAAGACAUGAACCUGACCGUAGAAGACCUACGCGUCAAGUACCUGGGGCCCCGGCAGUCGAACUUCUUCACCCCCGUGUGCGUCGCCUACCUGCUGAUCUUCGCCGUGGGGGCCACGGGCAACACCCUGACCUGCGCGGUCAUCCUGCGGCACAAGACCAUGCGUUCCCCGACCAACUACUACCUGUUCAGCCUGGCCGUGUCUGACCUGCUGGUGCUGCUCCUGGGCAUGCCCCUGGAGCUGUACGAGAUGUGGUGCAACUACCCUUUCUUGCUGGGGGCCUGCGGCUGCUACUUCAAGAUCCUGCUGUUCGAGACCGUGUGCCUGGCCUCUGUGCUCAACGUCACGGCCCUCAGCGUGGAGCGCUACGUGGCCGUGGUGCACCCGCUCAAAGCCAAGUCCACCGUGACCCGGACGCACGCCCGCCGGGUCAUCGGGGCCAUCUGGGCCCUGGCGGUGCUCUGCUCCCUGCCCAACACCACCCUGCACGGGCUGCAGAAUCUGGAGGUCCCCGGCCGGGGGACGGUGCCCGACUCGGCCAUCUGCACCGUGAUCCGGCCCCGGGCCAUCUAUAACGUGGUGGUGCAGGUGACCACCGUGCUCUUCUUCUUCCUGCCCAUGGCCACCAUCAGCGUGCUCUACCUGCUCAUCGGCCUGCAGCUGCGCCAGGAGAAGCUGCUGCAGGGGAUGGAGGCCAAGGCCGGGGGCAACGGCGGGGCCGGCCUGGGGGACUUCCUCCGAGCCCGCCUGCAGCAGGAAGGAGCCCGCCGCCGGCAGGUCACCAAGAUGCUCUUCGUGCUCGUGGUGGUGUUCGGGAUCUGCUGGGCCCCUUUCCACACCGACCGCCUCAUGUGGAGCUUCGUGUCUCACUGGACCGAGGAGCUGAUCCAGGCUUUCCAGUAUGUGCACGUGGCCUCCGGCAUCUUCUUCUACCUCAGCUCAGCUACCAACCCGGUGCUGUACAGCCUCAUGUCCAGCCGCUUCCGGGAGACCUUCCGAGAAGCCCUUUGCCACAGGGGUGGGGGCUGUCAGAGGCCCUCCCGCCUCUCUUCUAUCAGCCUGACCCGGGCCACCACGCGCAGCACAAUGUGUGAGCUGGGGCUCCUGGGCCAAGGAGCCCUCCCCCUCGCUGAAGGUGAGGGCCUAGACCAGGAGCCUUCUCCUGUGGAGGAGGAAGAGGACCCUAAAGAACCUUUCUCCUGAGCGGGGAGUCUGGAAACGCCUCAAACGCAGGAGGAAGCCCAAAACUGCAUUUGUUUGUGGGGAAAUCUGAAACAGCUUUUGUUGUAGGGGAGCCUGAAACCGUCUUUGCUUGUAGGGGAGCCUGAAACUGCCUUUGCUUGCAGGGGAGCCUGAAACUGCCUUUACUUGCAGGGGAGCCUGAAACUGCCUUUGCUUGCAGGGGAGCCUGACACUGCCCUUACUUGCAGGGGAGCCUGAAACUGCCUUUGCUUUCCAGGAGAUCCUCAAACUGCCUUUGCUUGCAGCGGAACCCGAAACAACCUUCUCCUGAGCAGAAUCCAGAGGUUUUUUUCUUUUUUUUCUUUUUCCUGAAGCUGAACUCAAAACUACCUUUUCCCAAGAGGAAGACUUGUCGGUCUCCACUCCAAAUGUCCCCACUUCAAGUAGCGAAAGCUCAAGUUGGAUCCUUAGCCUCUCCCAUCUCCCACCCUCCGCGACCGGGACCUUUCCCAUUGAAAGGGAUUUCAGGUGGAGCCAAUCCUUUCAACCCUCCCUCUCCCCACCACCACACUUGCCCCUGACAACCUCCCCCCAGCCCACACACAUACACUCUCUGCAGCUCUGUAAAGGCGGUGUGAGCAGCAUUCUUGCCAUCACGUGCUGUAAGUUUUUUUAAGCCACCCUCCUCCCCCUUUUCUCUCAGUAGUUUUCUCUCCCCUUGCCCUGUAUGCGUGACUGCCUGGCUGCUUGUUUCCUGGUUCCUUCCCUAGCCUAUCCAUCUGCCUUGAUGGAUUUCCCUUUGGUUUUGAUUCUCUGUAGGUCUGGUCCUCUAAUUUGCUUUCACGCUCUACCUUCCCUAGUACAGUGGUCUGGGUCCAUCUAUUCGUCUGGCUCUCUCUCUCUCUGCCACCUGAAGGAAACGCG